UCCCAAAAUUUUCCAAUUUAAAGUACUUGGAUUCUGUUCUUUCCAUUGCAUUUUUCGCCUUUUCCGUUUUUUAUUUUCUGAAGGGCGGGAGAUAAAAAGCUCGCCUUUCCCUCUGUCCCCCACCGAGGUUCUCUGUUCUGCAAAUCGCGAUUCGUUUUCUCUCUCCUGCUUCCGCUUCACAGAGGAACUAUUAUAUAAAAUUUAGCGAAAAGAAGAAUGGGGUAUAUCGGGGCACAUGGCGUAGCUGCUCUGCAUAGAUACAAGUACAGUGGUGUAGAUCACUCUUACCUUGCCAAAUACGUGUUGCAACCUUUUUGGACUCGCUUUGUCAAUUUCUUCCCACUAUGGAUGCCUUGUUGAAUUUGUUGAAUUUGUCCCUAGUGUCAGAUUAAAGGAUGGUCGGGGGAUUAUUUACUAUAUAUAGAGGGAAUACUACUUUUAUUAUUCUCUCAUGUUUGCUCUUUUAUAAUGACUCUUCUUGAUUCAAGUUAAGUAUUCUUUAUUUGUGAUAAUGCUGAUACCAGCAUAAUUUUCUGUGCAUGUACGUGUUUGCCUCUGGAUCUUCUGCAGACCAAACAUGAUUACACUUAUAGGAUUUCUGUUCUUGGUUACAUCGGCACUGCUUAGCUAUAUUUAUUCACCUCAAUUGGAUUCACCCCCACCUAGAUGGGUUCAUUUUGCUCAUGGACUACUACUAUUUUUAUAUCAGACUUUUGAUGCUGUUGAUGGCAAGCAAGCAAGGCGAACAAGUUCCUCUAGCCCAUUGGGGGAGCUCUUUGACCAUGGAUGUGAUGCACUUGCAUGCGCGUUUGAAAGCUUGGCUUUUGGGAGCACUGCAAUGUGUGGAAGGGACACAUUCUGGUUCUGGGUGAUAGCAGCAAUACCAUUUUAUGGAGCAACAUGGGAACACUAUUUUACCAAUACACUUAUUCUUCCAGUUAUCAAUGGACCUACAGAGGGUCUUGCAUUGAUUUACGUGUCCCACUUUAUGACAGCAAUUGUUGGUGCCCAGUGGUGGGCUCAGCAGUUUGGGAAAUCAAUUCCCUUCUUUGGUUGGGUGCCUUUUAUAAGCGAAAUCCCAACAUUCAAAGCUGUGCUGUUUUUGAUGAUUGCCUUUGGUGUUAUACCUACUGUCACAUUCAAUGUAUGCAAUGUCUAUAAGGUCAUUCAGGCAAGAAAAGGAAGCAUAAGCAUGCCACUGGCUUUAGCAAUGCUUUACCCUUUUGCUGUGCUCCUGGGAGGAGUGCUAGUCUGGGAUUAUCUAUCUCCAUCUGAUAUAAUAGGAACUUAUCCCCAUUUAGUUAUAUUGGGAACUGGACUUGCAUUUGGGUUCCUUGUGGUGAGAAUUCUAUGUUUAUUUAAUUUCUUGUGUUGAAAUAUAUUAUUUGAGCUGCUAUUGUGGUCAAUGAAGAAAUGACUUUCAGUAGUCAAAUUCCUCUGUGGCAAUGGUUGGCACCUAGCAAAUGAAAUUGGUUGUAUGGUUCCUCUUACAAAAUUAAUCUAGUGGUCCAAUUUCUCAAAUUAUUGACCCUUUAAUGUUCUAGCUUGUCAAGUUGCUUUCUUAAACUAUAAGGGUCCGUUUGGUGCAGCUUCCCAAGUGCUUUAGUUUUUUGAC